AUGAACUAUUUAUUUUGGUGGGCUCUUGCCGUCCUCGUUGUAGUGUCUCAAGGGUGUCUUCUCCCGGAAGAGCGCUCAUAUGAUGGACUAAAGAGAAUCGUUCGCCGCCAGUCCGGGACCGGCACGCCCAUCGGUACGGGAGACCGGUUCAGCGGUGGUUCAACUGCUCCCCGCGGGCUUGGAACUCAAAGCACCAGUUUUAGUACGCUACUCAACGUGGCUGAGAUCAAGAGCGGUCUGCAAGGCCUAGUAAACACCUACAGAAUCGAGACAUUUGAGACUCCCUACAAAACUUACCUUGGUGCAACUGUACUUGGAGCCAAGGUCGGAGGAAGUGGCAAUUGCACGAACGCCUACCGCGUGUACUUGAACGGCAAUAUACACGCAAGGGAGCGCGGUUCCAUGGAUAGCGUACUCUACUUUAUCUCGGACCUUCUGUAUGCGAACAAGAACAAUGUCGGCAUCACGUACGGUUCAAAGACAUAUACCUCUGCACAGGUCAAAUCAGCCUUGUCGACCGGAAUUGUGUUCAUCCCCCUAAGCAAUCCAGAUGGCGUGAGCUACGACCAAUCGAGCAACAGCUGCUGGCGCAAGAACCGUAACCCUGCCAGUGGUACAGGCUCUUCCACCGGAGUUGAUCUCAACCGCAACUUCGACUUUCUCUGGGACUUGAGCUCUUUCGCCUCCAGCGUCCAGUCCAGCGCCGGAUCCACAUCACCAAGCUCGGAGACCUUUCACGGCACGAGUGCCUUCUCCGAGCCGGAGACCAGGAAUAUCAAAUGGGUUUUUGAUACAUAUUCAAAGGUCCGCUGGUUUAUCGACCUGCACUCCUACGCGGGCGACGUCUUGUAUAGCUGGGGAAGUGAUGAGAACCAGUCGAAGUACUCGUACAUGAAUUUUAGGAACUCAUCGUACAACAAGGUCCGCGGGAUCCUCACUGACACGCCGGGGACGAAUGGCGGUUACGGCGAAUACACACCCUCAGACGAACUCAGCACCAACUUGGCAGCAGCACAGCGGAUCGGGGCUGGCCUGACUUCUGGUGGUGGUCGCACCUACUCAGUCAUACCGGCUGCGGAUCUCUACCCAACAUCGGGCGCAAGCGACGACUACGCAUAUUCGCGGCACUUUGCCGAUAGUACGAAGAAUUUGGUUCACGCUUAUACGGUUGAGUUUGGCCAAGCGAACAGUGCGGCUUCCUGUCCGUUCUACCCCAGUGUGUCACAGUACAACUCAAAUCUCAAGGCGACGGGCGCUGGUUUCAUGGAGCUUUUAUUGGCUGCUGUGGACUUGGGUGUCGGUGAUCCGACUACUUGCUAG